CUUGUUAUUCAAAUUAACUUACACACGUACUCAAUUGCACAACUUCUAGAAGGAAGCUGGCGUGACUUAGGUAUUGUGAAUAUUGGGACUUGCGCAGGACGCUAUUUCAUAAAUGUGGAAAAGUGACGUGUUUGUACGCUCAAUCCCCAGUUUGGGGAUAAGAAGUCUGCAGUUCGCCGUUUCAAUGAGAAAAAUAUCUUCGUGUCAUAUUUCAGGAAGAGACUUGAGCAGUAACAUUCACCAAUUUCAUCGAAUAAGAACAAUGAGCACCAAGACAGGAGACAAUAAUGGAAGUGGUGGCGUAGGGUCCGAACACAAACUUGGGCACGAACAUGAACAUGAACAUGAACAUGGACAUGAACACGAACACUCGCACAAUAAUAGUCAUGAAGAACAUACCCAUGGCCACACCCAUGCAGGCGGAGCUAGUCUAUUCACCCAUUCACAUUCUCACCAUCAACCGAAUGAAUUAUUAGCUACUGGUAAGGGUAGUUUCAAUAAUCCAGCGGUUCGAAUUACUUGGAUUGGCCUCUUGGUAAAUGUUGGAAUGGCAAUCACCAAAGGGGUUGGGGGUGUUUAUUUUCAUUCACAGGCCCUUGUAGCUGACGCUAUCCACUCCGUUUCUGAUAUGGUUGCUGACUUUUUGACAUUAGCAACAGUUAACAUGGCUUACAAAACAGGUACUCCUACGAAGUUUCCAUUAGGAUAUGGCAAAAUUGAAACUGUAGGUUCCUUGAUGGUAAGUACUGUCCUUUUAGUCGCUGGUAUUUCUGUAGGAUGGUCUUCUCUUUUACUGAUCUUUGAAUAUGUACUCCCUGCUUAUAUCUAUGAUUAUGCUUCAAUGAUCCAAAUUGGCCAUUCACAUUCUCAUUCACAUACACAAGUACAAACACAUUCUCAUUCCCAUGCAACUACCGAUGUUGGUAUUUCAAACUCAGAUCUCGAUACCCCUUUGGCAUCUUCUCUUUCAGCAUCUCCAGUUAUCCAUGGUGCUUGGAUUGCCGGUGCUUCAAUUUUGGUGAAAGAAAUCCUUUUCAAAAAGACUAUGAAGAUUGCAGAACAAACUAACUCAAAAGUUUUAGUUGCAAAUGCAUGGCAUCAUAGGGUGGAUUCCCUCACCUCAAUGGUUGCACUUUUAACCAUUACUGGAAGUUUCCUUUUUAAUGUUGCAUGGUUGGAUUCUAUUGGUGGGUUAUUCGUGUCCAUCUUAAUUAUCAGAACCGGAUGGAGUACAUUCUUAACUUCUUGGUACGAGCUAAUUGAUCGAGGCGAACCAGUAGAAAGUGAAGCUUAUAUCAAGAUCAAUAAUAUUGCUAAGCAAGAAGUUCAAGAUGUCACCAAGGGAGGAUUCAUUGUUAAUAAACUAUCAGUGAUGACAUCAGGAGCAAGCUCGAAUAUUUAUAUCACACUUAGUGAAACCGAUGCUAAACAAUACCUGCUUGAAGAAUUAAAUGCCAUUGAAGCUCAACUUGUGGAGUCCAUCAAGAGAGAUGAUAAAUUCAUUAAAAACAUAUUUAUCUUGUUCAAGGCAAAGGGAAUUAUGGAGACAAAGUAGACGUAUAGUUUAGUCUCAUUCAAUUUAGAUUACAAUAUAUAUAUAUUUAAAAUAUACAAUCAAUAAAAUAACGGUUCUUUUCUAAAUUUAUGUACAAGGAUAUAAAAU